UAUGUUUUUUGACAGCAUGCCUGCUUUCACGUUCAAUGUUUUGAUAAUGUACGUUGAUGACAACAAACACGCGACUAUUGCAUUUUGAAACGGAGACAUUACCAUUUAAGGAAGAAAGGACAAGUCACGUUUAGGAUAUUAUUGCGAUAUGCAAGAAAUGCCGGAAUCACAGCCGUCUAAAUGUGAGGGGGAGCGGAAUCAAGAAUGCAUCCUACAACAAACAGAGACGACGAUGAAGAUGGAGACAGAUGUAUUUAACCCUUCUCACACUGCAGAGCUCCAGUUCCUCAGGUCACGGGUUCGGGAACUGGAGAAAGAGAAGGCCGAAAUGGCGGCUGAAAACCAAUGGCUGCAAAACAUGCUAGUAAAGGAGAUCCCUGGCCUGCUGUCUACCAUGUGGCAGAACUUGGGCCAAGCCAACCAGCCCCCCAACCCUGCAGUAUCCCCACAGGCUGUCUCCACGGCAACAGUGAGGGGCGAGAGCUACACAUACACACACCACUCUGUGUCAGGACACUCUGGCCGAGGGUUCAGUCCCCCACUUCAUCAUCAUCAUCCCAUGUCCAACCGCUCAGCUAUGACUCAGGACGACGUGAAUGGAAGCAUGUCAAACUUUGGACCCAAGAUGGCCGUCAGUGAGCACAGUGUGGACGGAGACUUUGAGCUGAGUGACAUCGCAGAGGACGACGACCCCCACAGCUCUCUGUGUGGCUCAGCAACCGACCUACCCGGGAUGAGGACAUGCUCAGAGACACACUGUAUUAGUGGGACUGGCCAUGUAAACCAGGUGGAGGUAUACCCAGGUUCCGGCGUCUUCUGUGAAAUGCGGUCCUGGCACGCAGCCAAUCAGACGCAGUCUCCCACGGCAAUGGCGCGCAUCCUGUUGCUGGGCGUGUUCGACAUGGACACCCUGCUGAACAGCAACCUGCGAGGGGGGCGGAGCCGCAGACCAACCUUUCCCAACCACCGCACCGCCCUGGACCCACACAAGCUCAACGCCAUCUAUAAUGCCACUCUGGCCCGCUUCCCAUUGGCCAGGAAGGGACAAAUUGGCACCGGCAUCAACUCCAAGCUGUCUGAGAUCCGUUUCCGAUCCAGGAGAGCCAACCGGGACCCCAGUUAUCUAUGAAGGACUGUUCCUGCCCACACACCAAGUUGUAUUAAAUCAACAUUUUAGUUCUAGUAUUUUAUCACAUUAACCGUUCAACUGUGUCAGUGUAUGAGUACAUGUGUGUGCAGAAUGUCUUGCCUAUGAAUUGUUCCACAUUGGCUUAAACAUUGUCUUCUGCUGGAGGUUCUGUGGAAGAGAAUGGCAAAAGGACUCAAAAGACGGGCUAAUGAUAGAGGAAGGAUUCAAGGCCAGUGGAAGAACGUGCAUAAGAAACGGCUUUGAUGGUUAAAUCCCCCCUCUGUCACCGGCCAACCAUUAGUAAACCACACGUGAACAGUCCCCGGGGUAGUCUCUCUGACUGACAGAGAUGCAUAGAUCCAGGACUGCUGAUCCAUGUGUGACCAACCAGUGGAGGACCGGAGGCUUCAGUCAUGUCUUACCAGACAGACGCCUCUCUGUCAUUGACCUCUACCCACUUAGACAAAGGAGGCGAGAGGGGAUUGGAGGGACGCCAAACUAUAUUUCUCCAUUGAUUUCUCUGAUCCUAGGUAUUAAGCUCACUCCAAAAGCUCCAUUACCACCCCCAGGUCUCCUCUGCACCCUCUCCCUCCAUUCCUCUCCUUCUGCCUGAGAGGAGAAUCAAUCGUGGCCCCCGCCCAGCCUCCCCCGGAGGUGUCACAGCUCCCCAUGCCUAAUUGACCCCCAGAUACUCUGAGCCUCCAGGAAGAUGACAGAAGUCAUUCCUUCAUCUUAAAGGACUUAAACAGUGUGUAAUUCUCCCCAAGUUCACCAUGUCCACAGGGCCCACAUGAAGAGAAUAUGAGUGGGGAUUUGGCCUGAUGCAGAUAUGAAGUAUUGGAUUAGAUGUAAAUGUUGGUAAUGAGGAACGAUCAAGUUGCUAUUUUAUAUCCGGUUAUAUGUCUGACGUUCGAGAUGUUGAAUGUUUGAUGUGAAUGCAUUGAAAGACUGCUGUUUUUCAUUGUCCAUCAUGUUGUGUCCCUCUCUAGUCAUCGGAACGAUUUGAGAAAUGACACAUUGAUCAAUUGCUUAAAAGCUACUUCGUUUUCGGCAGAUACAUCACAUCAAAUUGGAAAAUGACUUCUGAAAUAAAAUGCCAAAGAGAGAGGAAUAGAUCAUAGGCAAUGAAUUACACUGAGUCACUAGCCCAUUGAUACAUUGAAAUAUCCACUACAGUAGCCCACCUGGGUAUUAUUUGGUUGAUACGUUGAUCAACAAGAUUACAACCUAUUUAUCUCUAGGCUUUCAACCAUCUUAAAGCACAAUCGAAUUCCAAUGGAAAAUCAAUGUCUGUUUUUUGGUUUAGUUCUCACCUAAAUUUGUUAUUGCUGUGCUUUCAACCAUUUAAAAGCACAACAAAGUUCAAAUGGGAAUACAAUGUCAUAUUUUGUUUAUUUAUACAACGACUUAAUGUGUUAUCACUGUGCUUCAUUGAAUAUUACAACCAAAUGACGUGGAUUGCAGUUGAGAUGAUUAAAGUGCACGGUGUGCAGAACACA